AGGAGAAACAACCAGCAUCGUCCAGAUUACAGGUUAUAAAGUCCACGGAGUCGGCGGAACUCAGAGUCGUCCCAGAUCUGAGAUGGGGGCGAUGGCGCCUCGCACUCUGCUCUUGCUGCUGGCGGCCGCCCUGGCCCCGACCCAGACCCGCGCGGGCUCGCACUCCAUGCGGUAUUUCCACACCGCCGUGUCCCGGCCCGGCCUCGGGGAGCCCCGGUUCAUCUCUGUCGGCUACGUGGACGACACGCAGUUCGUGCGCUACGACAGCGACGCGGAGACUCCGAGGAUGGAGCCGCGGGCGCCGUGGGUGGAGCAGGAGGGGCCGGAGUAUUGGGAGAGGGAGACACAGAUUGCCAGGAGCAACCAGCAGACUUUUCGGGUGAACCUGAGGACCGCGCUCGGCUACUACAACCAGAGCGAGGGAGGUGAGUGACCGCGGUCGGAGGUC